AUGACACCGAUCGACAUUCCUAUCGAUCUCCAGAUUGAAACACUCUUAAGAUUGCCUGUGAAGUCUCUGUUGAGAUUUAAAUGUGUCUCCAAGCUUUGGUCCUCUAUCAUCACCAGCCGAGACUUCAAAAACCGGCACAUUAAUAUUGCUACUUCCUCAGUUCCUCCUCGUCUCCUCAUUGCUUUUGCGGACUUUGACAGAAAUUAUGUUCUGUUAGUCUCCUCACCUAACCCCACCGCAUAUUCCUCUUCCUCUUCUCCAUGUUGUGUACCCUACAGAGAUUUGAGCCUAGUCAAACUCCGAGGGAAAGAGGUGUAUAAUGCGUGUCGGGGCUUGAUAUGCGUUGGAGCCGGUUUUAAAGAUGUGGCGAUUUGUAACCCCGGCACGAGGCAGCUGUAUGCUUUUCCCGAAUUCAAAUUCAAAGAUAGUCCACAAGCUUUUCCACGCCCAAAUUACGUUUUUGGGUACGAUCCUGUUGAAGAUCAAUACAAAGUGCUUGCCGCUGAUGUUAAUUUUGGUAGAUUCGAGCACAAGGUUGUGGCAUUAGGAAGAGAAGAAGCUUGGAGAGAGGUUCCGUGUGUCGCAUGUCCUCAUGUUGCUUUUACCUCGGGGUUGUAUAUGAACGGAACCGUCUACUACGGGGCUUACAGGGAGGCCAUCGAUUCCCAGAAUAUUAAUCCUAUAAUUAUGAGUUUCGAUGUUAGGCUUGAAACAUUCAACAUGAUCAAUAUACCAUCCAAAGUUCUAUCAUUGAUGGGUUAUGUAAAUAUGGGGGAUGCUCAUAGGUUGUUUACGGGUAAAGCACUGAUCAACUACAGAGAGAAAAUUGGUCUAGUUGAGAAUCCUCAUGAGGGUAGUUUUCGAUUGUGGAUUGUGGAAGAUGCUGAGAAAGAGGAAUGGUCCAUGCAGACUUUUCAUUUGCCGGAAUCUGCUCUUGGCCUUGACUUGAAGGUCACGGAUACCGUUAAUAACGGCGAGAUUUGUCUGGUUCCGAAAGAUUUGUCUGAUCCCUUUUGUCUUUUCUUUUACAACUUGGACAAGAAAAGCAUGAGAAGUGUCGUCAUUGAAGGAUUGCCUAUUUCUGAGUUUAACCGACCCUAUGGCAUUUCUGUGACGGUUUCGGAUCAUCAUGAGAGCUUCAUGUUCUUAGAAACUCCUAAGCUAACUUAG